AGCGGACCUUGAUGUUUUGGGGUUCAGUUCAUUGUUGUUUUUCUAUCGCAAUGGUCGGUGGUGCUACUGCGGACUAGCAUAAUUUUAUUGCAUUGUGUGUUCUAUUUUUCUUCAGCAAGCGCUAUUCUGUUUAUAGCCUAAUUCUGUGUGUGCAGUAAGUGUGUGUGUACCUGUGUGCGUAUUCUUCAAAGUACGUGUGUGUUUUAUGCUUCUGUAGUGACGACGUGAAAAGUGAAAAACUGUACGUGAAUCUUUAAAAUGUGGUCGUGGAAAACUGUGUGUGGUGGCCCCCCGUUUCGGUGUGGAAAUUAUGGCUGUCCCAGCUGCUGCAUCAUGUGAUGACGGAUCACCCCACAAGUGCAUUGCUGCAUGCUGCUUUGUUUUGCGUAGAGAGCGCGUGUGAGAGUGUGUGAGAUCAUCGCGAUCCGGCUGACAGAAAAGAUGUCACUGCACACUCGAUGCAGUGCCCGACAACAACAAAUGAAAUUGUGCUAAAAAGGUGGUUGGGAGUGUGUUCCGGAACAGAUUUUAUAGUACGGUGCUUUUUGGUGCACUGUAAACCACGCAUGCAAGGCCAUCCGGCAGGAAACUCUUCGGUUCCGAGGUUGUGGCUAUAAAGUGCGGGGCAGACGCAGUGUUGUAACGUGUGUGUAAAGCAACCGUCUUGAUAAUCAACCAUGGCAUCGUUGAAGGUUGCUGUACGGGUUCGUCCCUUCAAUCAAAGGGAGCAUGAACUCGGCGCAAAGCUCAUCGUGCAGAUGGAUGGCAAGAAGACGCGUUUGCUGAAACCGAAACAUGGCACCGGCAAUGGCAUACGGGGCGAUCUCGCCUCCCGUGCCGCCCAGGACCCGUUCAACGACUUCACGUUCGAUCACUCGUACUGGUCAGUGGACGAGCACGAUCCACACUUUACGCAUCAGGAAACCGUUUUCGACGAUCUCGGUACGGAGAUCGUGGACUGCGCCUUCCAGGGUUACAAUGCGUGCGUAUUCGCGUACGGCCAGACCGGCAGUGGCAAAACGUUCACGAUGAUGGGCACACCGGAAGCGCAAGGGCUGAUCCCGCGGAUAUGUCGGUCACUGUUUGCCCGCAUGAAACUGGGCCAGGAGGAGGGUACAGGCUACAAGACGCAGUGUUCCUAUCUGGAAAUUUACAACGAGCGGGUAAAGGAUCUGCUUGGGCCGAGCAGUGCCGGACACGGGUUGCGCGUGCGCGAGCACCGCACGCUUGGCCCGUACGUGGAAAGCCUGUCCCAGCAUCCGGUGUCCGAUUACUCGGAGAUACAGAACUGUAUGAUCCAGGGCAACAUUCAGCGAACGACGGCGAGCACAAACAUGAACGAUACGAGCAGCCGAAGCCAUGCGAUCUUCACCAUCACCUUCGUCCAGGCACGCUACCUCAACGAUCUGCCGAGCGAAACCGUGUCCAAGAUCCAUCUGGUCGAUUUGGCCGGUAGCGAGCGGGCCAAUGCAACCGGUGCGACCGGGCAACGGUUGAAGGAGGGCGCCCACAUCAACAAAUCGCUGGUGACGCUGGGCAGUGUUAUCUCCGCCCUGGCCGAACAAACCAAUCCGACCAACAACAAGCGGGUGCUGUACAUCCCGUACCGGGACUCUAUCCUAACGUGGCUUCUGAAGGACAGUUUAGGUGGAAACAGUAAAACGAUCAUGAUCGCGGCUAUCUCGCCGGCCGAUGUAAACUACAGCGAAACGCUUAGUACGCUACGCUACGCCAACCGGGCGAAGAACAUCAUCAACAAACCGACGAUCAACGAGGAUCCGAACGUGAAGUUGAUACGCGAGCUGCGUGACGAAAUCUACAAGCUAAAGCUGAUGCUAUCGAGCGACAGUGGGGCCGAGCUGGAGCCUCAGCUCAAGGUGCUGGAAGAUCUGCACAAAAAGGAAGCCCAGGAGAAGGUGCUGACCGAGGAGUGGGCGGAGAAGUGGCGCGAGGCGCAAACAAUUUUACGCGAGCAGCGUUCCCUCGGGCUGCGCAAAUCGGGCGUAGGUGUGGUGCUCGACUCGGAGAUGCCUCAUCUGAUCGGCAUUCACGAUGAUAUCAGUACGGGCGUAACGUUGUACAGCUUGAAGGAGGGUGAAACGACGAUCGGGACGGAUGAGGCGCCAUAUCCGCAGGACAUUUCGCUCAACGGGAUCGGUAUCGCGCCGGAACAUUGUCGCAUUGUGAUUUCGAACGGAAAUGCAACGAUUUAUCCCAAUCCGAACGCGACCUGUCUGUUGAACGCGAGCAUCAUCGAGGUACCGACGGCGAUCAGUCAGGGUGACAUACUGCUGCUCGGCCGGACGAACAUGUUUCGCUACAACAAUCCGGCGGAGGCGGCUAAAAUGCGUCAAGAGAACGGUCACCAGCAGCGAUCGUCUCGGCUCGAUCUGUCGCGCCUCUCGUUAAUUGCUGCCUCGCGCGAAAACCUAUGCGCCAGCUUUCUGAGCGACGAUGACGGUGUUGGUGGUGGGUCCUCGCUCAGCCUGUUUGGCGGUGCAGCAACAGCCGGCGGGUUGGCUUCGCCUCAGAGCGCCCUUCGCUUUCGGCAGUACACACCCAGCAGGGAGGAUGCCGAGCUGCAGGACGAGCACCGCAAGAUUCUGCAAACGAUCGAAAAUGCGCUGCGGCAGCUUAAUCUGGAGCGUACGCGUAUGCACGAACAGUUCAAGCAUAAGAUACGACUCUGCACCGAAGAGCUGGACCGGUUGGAAAGCACCAAGCGCGACCGGUUGACGAUAUUGGACUGCCGGAUCGGGGAGCUAAUGGCACGCAAGGAGAUGGUGCUGUGGGAGAAAAGCAAUGAGAAGACACAGGUGGACAUACUAGUGCGCCAGCUGUCCGCCCUGCAAACGCAGCUGGAUACGAAGAAGCGCGAUUUCUAUGAGUACGUCGCGAAAGAGCUCCAAGAGCUGCAGGACUGUGGCCGUCUGGACGAGGCAAGCAGUGAGCUAAUACGAAAUGCUCCCCAGACGGAGGAUUAUUCGGAAAUAUUGCUUCAAAUAUCUCGCUCACUGGACAACUAUUCGCAGCAGUACAUUCGGGAGUUUGUUCGGCGAAAUCGCGAGGAGAUCAAUAAGUACGAGACGGAGUUGUCGGAGAAGGAGCAACAGUUGGCCGAGAGCACGCAGAAGAUUGCCGAUCUGGACCAAAAGAUACAGGAGCUGGAGCAGCAAAACAGGGAUUUGCUGCAACAGCGAACGCAGCAAGAGCUGGAACAAAUUCAACAGAAGAAGCUUUCGAUGACGCUAAAUCUUACGCACACAAACGGAGAUGGUGAAGGGCCGGACGCACGCACCGAUCUGCUGCUGUUGGGCGUUAAUCGCGGAACGCUGGAAACGUGUGACACGUUCCACACGGCCAACUCGGACUGUUCCUUUGUGUCCGCACUCAACACACCCGCAUUAAGUUCGCUGAAUCAGCUCAUACCGACGCCCAGCUCGACAGAGGACGGUACCGAAUCCGAUCCGGGCGAUCGAGAUUACGAGGAAGCCACAUCGAACGGUGUUGGUACGCUGCUGCAGGGUGGUAUGAGCGACAGUGGCGUUAGCUUCGAAACGAACAAGGCCACCGAUACGGCUGCCCCGCUGCAGACGGGAGCGGAUGAAAACGAAAGUGAAACGGGCAGCGUGGACAGGCAGAGCGAACCGGCGGUUAACGGUACGGCAAAGUUGCUCUUUCAGUCGGACGAUCACUGUCUUCUGCUAGCUACCUCGUCCACGCCCAACCCAAAGUACGGUGGCAAAGCGAUGCCCACCACAACGACGACCGUGAUCGUGACGGAUGGCAAUGCGGUGCUGAAAGCGAACCAGCAAUCGUCCGAUUCGGACGAGGAACGCACCACGCUAACGACCGUGUCAUCGACGGGAGGCACGCCCGGCUCGAAUCGGUUGAAUCGGCUGUCGCUGCCGAAUCGGAACCGUAACAGCAACGGCAGCAAAAGCAGUAGCAUGCGUACGGAAAUUUUUGACAUCCGUCACGGGAUCCAUCCGCUGCGGGUGAGCAGUGUUAGCAGUGGGACGGACGGAAGCCACGAGGAGGAGGAGGAGGAGGAGGAAGAUGAUGAGGAAGAAAACGGGCGGCGCCGCCGGCAUGAGGACGACGAGGAAGAGCAACGGUCGCGUGGUUCGUCCAUCGAUAAUAGCUCGAUCACCUCGUCCACCGCGAAUCUGAUACUGUGCGAAAUGAAUCAUCUGCGGGAAAGUAUCGCCAGCAAGAAGGCGGAAAUUAUGAAAAUUCUCGAAACGAACGGCGAUAAGAAGAUGCUGGACGGGAAGAUAGGGGAGCUGCAGGAUCUGCAGAAGCGUAUCGUGCAGCUGGAGAUUAAGAUACAGGAUGUGGAGAAGAGUUGCCUGUCGGAUGGGGAGCUGCAGCUCGAUUCGAUGCGAGAUAUCCCGGAAAGCUUCACCGAUAGCGACGAUAGCCGGGUGGGCAAUUCGUGCAUCUAUCCGGGGUAUAUGCGUGCGCGGGAUCAGGGUAGCAUUUACGCGCCGAGCGUUACGCGCUCGUUACCGUCCAUGGAGGGAACGUACCGUUCGGAUCAUGUUAUUAACAUACCAACGUACAUUAUACGGGGUGCCGGCAAACAAACCCACUACGAGUACGAGGUGAAGAUCAAUCUACCGGAUGAGCGGUGGACAUUGCUUCGACGGUACAGCCGCUUUCGCGAGCUACAUCUAACGAUGAAGAAACUGUACGGUGAUAAGAUUGCAACCAUACCGUUCCCGCGGCGGGAACUGUUUGCAUCCAACACGGAGUCGGUGGCGAAAACGCGCCGCCGUCAGCUGGAAACGUACCUGCGCCGCCUGCUGGUCGUGUGUGCCAAAAUUCCACACUGUCCCAUCUACGAGGGUGAAGGACGGCCCGGGCUAACCAAGCAAACGCUCAUCGAGUUUCACACGUUCUUCAAGAAGGGGCUGUUCGAAACGGGCAAACAUGGUACCGGAUAGUAGAGCGAGUCGGCCAGUGCUGCUAGAGCUAGCGGCUACGUUUAGCUGGGACGUUUUAUUUUUGUGAUGUAAAAGACUUUUAGGAUUUCUAGACCCAAGCGUGUUAGGUUGUUUGUUUUUAAGGAUGUCUUAGGAUAGGUUACGCUAGCUAGGAAGCAAAGCAGAUCAGGUUCGGAUAGGAAAUUGUCGUCUGUUUGACGCCCAUUAUCAACCCCUUUACGGUGGUGCAAUCGGCUGUCGGUCGGUUUGGUUUCUAUGCAAUGUAGUGCUGUAAUUAUUUUUAACUCUCUGUGUCGCUACCUUUGCUUCCUUUCGAUAAGAGGGGUUUUUUUUUGUUGUUGUGGCCUUCCAAUCGAUCCAAGGUGUCUUACCCCCUCCCCCGAAUCGCGAAUCGAAUAGCAGCACUCGGCAGUUAUAGGCUCAAAGCAGAAAUGACAAAAAAACCAAUGACAAUAAUAGCUCAUCCUGCAACGUUGCAAGUGUGUGCUGAUACGUUAAAAACGGUGUUACUUCCGCUUCCAUUUUCCCUUUCUACGGAUACCGUCCUCACCGAUGCCCAGCUUCACCGGACUUUAUCGUGCAGUGGAUAAAGUUGUUGCCUGGUUGAAAGCUUAUCGAGCGAAGAGAAGGAAAGAAAGAGAGAGAGAGAGAGAACGAGACAGUGGGGCUAAGGUAGACGGAACAGAGAAAGGGAACGGAUACAUGUAAAUAAUACCCGCCUCAUUUAGCCUUAGUGCGCCAUUAGUUAUUAAAAAGAAAGCAAUCUGAAGCAUAUAACUGUCAUCAAGUAUCUAACACUAGUUUAGCUAAUGUUUGCUUAUUUUUGACCGAGAGUGGAAACUCAUAUUAAUCGUACUAUUGUUACUAAAAUCCCACAACAAACGAUCAUCACAAAUCAUAAUCGCAUCAUAUCAAA